GUCAGAAAGGCCUAUCUAAAUAAGGCCCAAGGGAAUGAAUACAGACUCCGAAACACAAAUAUGCACACAAUUUUGUUCCAAGGAAAACAAAAGUUAGUGGCUUCGGUUUCUUAUCGAAUCUCUGGGUUUCGAAGAAAUUAGGGUAUUCUUAUUGUAUAAUCUGCAGGAGGAAUCACUGAGCCUUUUCGUUCUAAUUGGAAGAUAUGGCGACUCUUGAUGAUUCUUUCCUCGCAGACCUUGAUGACUUAUCUGACAAUGAAGCAGAAGUGGAUGAGUCUGAUGGUGAUGAUGGAAAGGAUGGAGAAGAUAUUGACAUGGACAUGGCAGACUUAGAAACCCUUAACUACGAUGAUCUCGAUUCCGUUUCUAAGCUCCAGAAAUCGCAGAGAUAUCUUGACAUUAUGCAGAAAGUGGAAGAGGCUCUGGGAAAGGAUUCUGAUGGAGCUGAGAAAGGAACUGUGCUAGAAGAUGAUCCUGAAUACAAGCUAAUCGUGGAUUGCAACCAGCUCUCAGUUGACAUUGAGAAUGAGAUUGCCAUCGUCCACAACUUCAUCCGUGACAAGUACAGACUCAAGUUUCAAGAGCUUGAAUCGCUGGUAAACCACCCUAUUGAUUAUGCCCGCGUUGUCAAAAAAAUAGGGAAUGAGACGGAUUUAACACGUGUUGAUCUUGAAGGCCUUCUUCCAUCUGCUAUUAUCAUGGUUGUUUCAGUUACUGCCUUAACCACUAAAGGGAGCCCACUGCCAGAGGAGGUCCUGCAGAAGACUCUAGAGGCUUGUGAUCGAGCUCUAGAUCUUGAUUCCGCAAGGAAGAAGGUUCUCAACUUUGUUGAGAGUAAGAUGGGGUCUAUCGCACCAAAUCUGUCCGCCAUUGUCGGGAGUGCGGUUGCAGCUAAGCUCAUGGGGACUGCUGGAGGUUUGUCAGCGCUUGCUAAAAUGCCUGCCUGUAAUGUUCAAGUUCUUGGCCAAAAGAGGAAGAACCUUGCUGGGUUCUCUAGUGCAACCUCGCAGUCCCGCGUGGGUUAUCUGGAUCAGACCGAGAUUUUCCAAAGCACGCCUCCUGCGCUUCGGAUGCGUGCUGGCAGGAUCUUGGCUGCAAAGUCUACUUUGGCAGCAAGAGUUGAUGCUACUAGGGGAGACCCAUCAGGAACAAAUGGAAAAGCUUUGAGGGAAGAGAUCCGUUAGAAGAUUGAGACGUGGCAAGAACCUCCUCCUGCAAGGCAGCCUAAGCCACUUCCUGUUCCUGAUUCCGAGCCUAAAAAGAGAAGAGGUGGUCGCCGUCUAAGGAAAAUGAAAGAAAGGUAUGCAGUGACAGACAUGAGGAAGCUUGCCAACAGGAUGGCGUUUGGUACACCCGAAGAGAGCUCUCUUGGUGAUGGAUUAGGUGAAGGAUAUGGAAUGCUUGGCCAGGCUGGGAGCAACAGGCUGCGUAUAUCCAGUGUUCCCAGCAAGCUAAAGAUUAAUCCUACCAUCGCCAAAAAGCUGAAAGAAAGAAAUUAUGCAGGUGGUGCCACUACCUCUGGUUUGACUUCGAGUCUGGCUUUUACUCCUGUGCAGGGAAUAGAGCUGUGCAAUCCUCAACAGGCUUUAGGAUUAGGCAGUGGGACUCAAAGUACUUACUUCUCAGAGUCGGGGACCUUCUCUAAGCUCAAGAAGAUAUAAACUUGCCAAAGAGAACUUUUUCUCAAAGUGUUGAAAGAUGAGUGUGGAAGUGUGAGACACAAGUGGUGUUUAAUUGCUUUCUAUUUCUCUUUUAUGUUUUAAGGUUUCUCUACCGAAUCACUUUUAUGGCAUCACCGGACAUGUUUAAUUGGUCUGGUUUGAUUUGGUUUGAAGUAUAGUUUUUUGGUUGUGGAAUAGAAUCUAUCGGUUAAGAAUGGAUUAGUUUGGUAUGUU